AUGUCGUCUCGAUCUAUAACUAUAGUGUCCUCUGGACGGAGCACAGGGCUCCACUACAAUGGGGGGAUGAGGAUGCACGGCACUCGGCUCUCCUCACAGCCCAAACUCCCGCAGGAGGAGGACAGGGAGUCUGGCAUUGGCUCCACCCUCGACCUCUGCAGCAGCUUUGAGGGCCAUAACCCUCAUACCAAUCACCACUCCAGCAAACCUGCAUUCAGGGAGACGGACAGACUCCCGAAACAGAAAGAUAGCUCUCCGCAGACCACAGCAGUGAGUCAGAACAAGACCAGGCAGCUCCUUAUCAAUCUAUCCAAGAUCCCUCUCCUCCUCAUCCUCUUCUUCCUCUUCGUUUGCUCCCUGGACACGCUGAGCUCUGCCUUCCAGUUAGCAGGAGGUAAAGUGGCAGGGGGCAUUUUCCAGGACAAUGCAGUGCUGUCUAACCCUGUGGCAGGGCUGGUGGUGGGGAUCUUGGUUACGGUGCUGGUCCAGAGCUCAUCCACUUCCACCUCCAUUGUCGUCAGUCUGGUGGCCUCCGGAUUGCUAGAGGUGAGGUCGGCUGUUCCAAUCAUCAUGGGAUCCAAUAUCGGGACAUCAGUCACAAACACCAUAGUGGCCAUGAUGCAAGCGGCAGAGCGGACCGAGUUUCAACGUGCCUUUGCCGGGGCAACGAUCCACGACUGCUUCAACUGGCUGUCGGUGCUGGUUCUGCUGCCACUGGAGUUGGCGAGCGGCCUCAUGGCCAAGCUGUCGGACCUGUUGGUCACCAACUUCAAGCUUCAACCAGGGGAGGAAGCACCCGAGAUGCUCAAGGUCAUCACCGAGCCUGUCACCAAACUCAUCAUACAGCUCGACAAGUGUGUGAUCACAGGGAUCGCCAUGGGGAAUGAGGACAUGAGGAACAGGAGCCUGGUGAAAGAAUGGUGCCAGACUGACCUUGUUAUGUCCACUGGCAAUGUGAGCACUGCAAACUGUGGCCCCAGUCAUGGCAUGUCCCAAUCUUCAGUGAAGUGUAGGCAUUUGUUUGCGUCCACGCGACUGUCGGACCUCGCGGUGGGCCUGAUUCUCCUGGCAGGCUCUCUGGCCGUCCUCUGUACCUGUCUGCUGCUUCUGGUCAAACUGCUCAACUCUCUUCUUAAAGGCCAAGUCGCAAAGGUCAUCCAUAAAGUCGUCAACACAGACCUGCCUUAUCCGUGUGGGUGGCUGUCAGGAUACUUGGCCAUGCUUGUGGGUGCAGGGGUAACGUUUGUGGUCCAGAGUAGCUCUGUCUUCACUUCAGCCAUGACUCCCCUAGUAGGUAUUGGUGUGAUCAGCCUGGAGCGGGCCUAUCCCCUCACGCUCGGGUCCAACAUCGGCACCACUGCCACAGCCCUGCUGGCAGCUCUGGCAAGUCCGGGCAACAAGCUAUCAGCCGCCAUACAAAUUGCUCUCUGUCACCUCUUCUUCAAUGUCUUUGGUAUUCUGCUGUGGUAUCCUCUUCCCUUCACACGCCUGCCGAUAACGAUGGCUCGUGUCCUCGGUGAGCGCACCGCCAAGUACCGCUGGUUUGCAGUCUUGUACCUCCUCCUCUGCUUCUUGCUCCUGCCGUCGCUGGUGCUGGGCCUCUCGCUGGCAGGCUGGCGAGUGAUGGCUGGCAUUGGGGCUCCUUUCCUGGGUGUGACCAUCUUCAUCACCAUGGUAAAUGUGAUGCAGGCCCGUAGCCCUCGCCACCUGCCCACGAAGCUCCAGAGCUGGGACUUCCUGCCCAAGUGGAUGCAUUCUCUCAAACCGCUCGACCGGCUUGUCACCAAGGCGACUGUCUGCUGCGGCUCUGCAUUCCAGGAGGGACAGGGAGAAGACGAAGAAGACGAAGAAGAGGAGCCUGUAUCAACACAGGCGACCUCUGUCAACACGCAGAAAGAGUCCCCCCAGAGGAGGGCACAGCUGGCUUAUGACAACCCAGCCCUGGACUACCUGGAUGAGAGCAGACCAGGUGUGAGGGUGCUGAGAUUAAAAGGGUUAGAGCGGUGUAACAGCACUCCGCUGUAG